AUGGCUAUAUGUCAAUGUCUAAUUGUUAUUGCGUUACAAGGUUCUAUUUGUUAUUUAAAUACAAAGCAAGCCCAACUAUUACCAGAACCGUCGACCGACAGUGCCAUGACAGCUAGUUCAACACAAAACGAUUGGGCACCGGUUAGAGCUGCCGACCGACUUGGAAGAAUCAAGUGGGAAAACAUUGCAUUUAUGGGAUUUCAACUUUGGUUUUUGGGCAUGGCCUUUGAUGCAACUGUAUAUCAAAAUACGGCGGAGAUUUUGGCGCUGGGUAUUUUAAAUGUCGCCUGUGCAGUUUUAGGAGCCCUUCAAGUUGUAGAUGGUGUAAAAUGGUUAGACCGUCUUACAGGCACCAGUUAUCCGACCGAACCAUUAGCCAUGGCAGAGAAAAUCGAAAUUUCGUUAUCCGUCGUUCUUUUGACGUUUGCAAUCAUCAUGUCCUACCUUAGUUAUCAAAUGUCAAAACAAUUUGGUUGGAAUAUCUACAAGAAAAUUGGCGCUGAUGUUCAAAUACAAAAAAUGUACCGCAUGUUUCAAUUCUUUGUCUUGGCUUUGAAAAUCGACUUCUUCACAGGGUUCAUGGUAUCCAUCUUUUAUUUAAUCCAAUUCGCAAUGAAGAAGGGUAUUAUGUGGGAGACCAUUGUUCAAGUCAUUGUUACCGUUUGCAUGAUCCCCAUGCUUUUCUUUGGAAGAUCAGCUGGAAGUGCAGAGAGUAAAACCAAGAUGAUCAUUUUCCUUACUUUCUUAUGCCUUGUCUUAUUCCAUUUUGUCUUGAUCUUCACGCAGACUCUCCAGCCUAACAACAGCUGGUAUACCUGGAUUGUAUUGAUCUGGAUUGGUGUCGCUUUCACUCUAAUCACAGCCGGUUUAGGUAUCGUCUGUACCAUCAACUUUGGCAAGGGAUUAAAACCAUUCACCCAAAGAGGAAGCUUAAAAACGAAAAUGGAUAUUGAAAGCAACGCGAAAAAAGCAAACGCCCACGAAAGUUGGGUCAUUGAUGAAGAUUAA